AACCGCGGUUAAAGCCGAUAGAUCGCUUGGAAUCGGUUAAUAAUAAUUUAAAUUUAAGUAAAAUACGUAAAUAAAUUAUUGUGCUUUAAACUUGCGAGAUUAUUUUAAUAAAAACACAUUUUUUUUGGCUCAAAAAUACCUGAUUGAUUGAGACUCCAUUAGUCCAGUAACCUCCAAAAGAGGUAUUCAUAACCUAUAAUUUUGUUUUCUAGGAACAUAACCUCAAAAACAGGCAAGUUAAGAAAUUGUUAAAAAAUUAAGCAAAAAUGAAUAAAACGUUGGACAUACAAAUCGAAUUUGGUGGUGGAGCAGAAUUAUUGUUCGACAACAAAAAGAAAUAUGAGGUUCAGUUGCCUCAUAAGGAGACACCCUGGACUAUAGGAAACCUUCUAAUAUGGCUAAAAGAUAAUCUCCUUAAGGAACGCCCAGAUUUAUUUUUACAAGGCAGCUCUGUGAGACCAGGCAUUUUAGUACUCGUAAAUGACACUGACUGGGAGCUAAUGGACACAACAAACUAUAUUAUAAAACCACAAGACACCAUUAUGUUUAUAUCUACUUUACAUGGAGGAUAAAUAUAUUCAUUUUUGUAUAUAAAA